AUGGAUCUUGGUGGCACCUCUGAUCCAUAUGUCAAGCUAUUUAUCUUACCGGACAAGAAAAAGAAAUAUCAAACGAGAGUGCAGAAGAAAUCGCUUAAUCCUAUUUUCAAUGAAAAUUUCAUGUUCAAGAUACCAUAUAACGAAAUUAGCGGUCAAACACUGGUUAUGAGUGUUUUCGAUUUUGAUAGAUUCGGUAAACAUGGUCAGAUAGGUGAAAUUUCAAUACCUCUUGGAAAGGUAGACUUAGCGACCACCAUUGAGAGGUGCGAUUUGAUUCAAACUCCACCGGAAAAUAGGUUAGGUGAAGUAUGUUUAGCGCUUCGUUAUGUUCCAAAUAAAAAUAAAUUAACGGUUGUUGUAAUGGAAUGUAAAAAUUUGAAAAAGAUGGACGUUCUUGGUCUCUCAGAUCCAUAUGUGAAAAUUUAUUUGAUGUUGCAAAAGAAGCGGUUAGAAAAAAAGAAAACUACAAUUAAGAUGAAAACUUUAAAUCCAUAUUAUAAUGAAUCGUUCAGUUUUGAUGUCAGUCCAGAGAAAAUGCAGCGGGUACAUUUGCAAGUGACGGUUUCGGAUUACGAUCGAGUUGGUUCCAAUGAACGUAUCGGUCAUGUUAUCAUUGGCAACAAUGCUAACGGUGUAGCGCUAAAACAAUGGCAAGAUGUGCUUGCAACACCACGUCGUUCCGUUGCGCAAUGGCAUGUGUUAAUGCCAUUCAAUGAUGAUUAA